AAAAACUAGUUAAAAGCAGCAAUCUCUCUCUCGCUCAUCCUUUUAAGUGGCCUUCUUUGAAGAUGAUCAACCAUCUUUAACUCGUACUCCUUCUUCCUGACUCAGUUUUCUCAUACUUUGGAGACUAAUCCAAUGUUUGGAGAACGCUUUUCUUCCUCUAUUUAACUAUUUUCAGUACUCUCUCUCUCUCUCUCUGCGGGCAGCUUGCUUGAGGCAGAAGUGGGGACGAACGGUGAGGAUCGAGCGGGUUAGUGGGUAGUCGAGUGGAUCGAAGGUGUAGCAGAGGGAAGAUGGGUGCUUAUGAUCGGAAGAUCAGAAAGAGGUCACGGGAAGGGGAGAGCUCCAUGACCGCUUCCGCCUUCAAGCGGCAGCCUCAUAUUGCCGCAGGGGUUCAAAGACCAACUCUUGAAGAAGCCUUAUCGUACGUGACACUGGUGAGGGAGACGCUUCACCUUCACCACAAGAUGGAAAGAUACAGACAGUUCAUCGAAUUACUCUUAGAACACAGCAAGGGAAGGAUUGACAUAUCUGGCGUGGUUAUUGUGCUCAAAGACUUGUUUAGUGAGCAUAGGAACCUCAAGUUGGGUUUCCUCAAAUUCUUGCCCCCCGGCUACAAGCUCGAGUUGCUCAGGAACGACUACCGCCCACAGCUCAAACCAUUUGUUUGGAGGCCUUCUGAAUGUAGCACCAACCAAUAGUCACGACGCCUGUUCUUUUGCUGCAUGUAGGGCUGUGAACAAGGUUGGACUGUACUCUCAGCCUCGACUCAGAGUAGACUCAGAGUAGACGCAGGAUAAUCAGGCAUUGGGAGUGGAUGCCAAUAUAGUUCAUAAGGUUUCUAGAUGGAUGUACAUCCAACUUCAAUGGACUUCACAAGACAGUUUUACUUUUAGCAUUUCACCUAAUCUGAUUUGUGCAUUCCAUGGAGUUUCAGCUUAAAUUUGGAAUACAAAUAGUUUAGAUUUGGAUAAGAUAUGACAAUGUCAAAUCUAGUUUGG